AUGUUUUUUAAAUUAGAAAAUUUUACUAAUGCAUGGCAAAAAUAUAUUGAAGAGUCUCAUGUUGCUCAUGCAUCAUAUUCAAUGACUAUUUUGGACGCUCAAACAGGUUCAAUUCUUUUUCAACAUGCAAAAGAUAUUGGCCUUCCGCCAGCUUCAUCACUUAAAACAAUUACUGCUGCUGCUGCUUUACAUUAUCUUGGUCCAAAUUAUACAUAUGAAACUUUAUUACAAUAUUCGGGUACAAUUCAUCCAGAAACAGGCUUUCUUGAUGGAUAUAUUUAUAUCGUCGGUAGUGGAGAUCCAUCAUUAGGUAGUUGGCGAUAUGAUAAAAUGACUACAGCAGAUCUUAUUAUAAAGAAAUGGGUGGAUGCUAUAAAAAAAGCUGGAAUUAAAAAAUGUCAAGGUAUUAUAGGUGAUACUAGUCAAUGGAAUAAUACACAGACACUUCUCAUUGAUGGAUGGACAUGGAAUGAUAUUGGACAUUCGUAUGGUACAGGUCAUUCAGCAUUAAAUUGGCGAGAAAAUGAAUUUACUAUAGCAGUACAACCUGGUCCUACUAUUAAUUCUCCGGCUCAUCUUGGUGAAAUCAAAAAUCCACCACCUCGAUUACAAAUUAGAAAUGAAUUGAUUACUUCAACUUCAGAUGGUGAAGCAUCUCUUUAUUUUUCAUUCGACGGCUCUAAUAUAGGUUAUCUACGUGGAUUUGUAUCAAUAAAUGCAUCUGCUGAUUUUUCUCUUCAUUGUGCUGUACCUAAUUCAGCUUUGUAUGUUGCUGAUGAAUUAACUAAAGCAUUACGAAUAAAUAAAAUUGAAAUAGAACAAGAAGCAACAGUUGAUUUAAUUAAAGCAGAUAGAGUAAUUCUACUUGACAUUCAUCAAUCACCACCAUUAUCAAAAUUACUUCAACCUUUUCUUCGUAAUAGUAUUAAUAUGUAUGGUGAAGUAUUUAUUAAAACAAUUGCUCAUAAAACUCAACAAAGUUCAUUAUUAGAUGCUCCUGUGAAAAUACUUCCAUUAUAUAUUAAAACAUUAUUGAACAAUGAGAAAUUCUUGAAUGGAAUGACAUUAAUGGAUGGAUCUGGUCUUUCACGUAGUAAUCGUUUAAGUACUUAUACUUUAACACAAAUUCUUUUUCAAAUACAAAAAGAAGCAUGGUUUAAUGAUGUUUAUUAUGAAGCUUUUCCGAUUAUAAAUGGAUUGCGAAUGAAAAGUGGUACCUUGAUGAAUACUAUUGCUUAUGCUGGAUAUGUUAGAGAAAAUUCAUUUGUUUUCUCAUUUAUGAUUAAUAAUUAUUAUGGUGAAAAUCCUUCAGAUAUGAGAACAAAAAUUUGGAGUGUUCUCGAUACCUUAAAAUAA